AUGGGCUGGUGGAAAGCAGAUCCGGUUCCCAACCCUGCACCUUCGACUUCGACUUCGACAUCCCAAGUCCCAUUAAUCUCACCACAUCCGAUUCCUUCACAGUCCAACGCCGACUCAGCCUCAGCAUGUCCGGUCGACCCGAAGACACGAUCGUUAUGGCUACAGCAAGCGCAGAAGAAAUCACAAUCAGCCACACAAGAGUCGCAAGUGACACAUGUUGCAACCUUACCAUCCUCACAUCCGCCAAUUCCGCCAUCCCAACCACAGGCACAAGCACCCUCUAGCUCUUCGCAAGAAUGCUCGUCGGAUCGAAUAUCACAGUCGCCUGUCGCCACUCCCAGCCCAGAGACUUAUUAUAAGACGCCACGCCCAUUAUCGCAGGAGCGCGCCGUCUCUUCUAUUCCACGCGCCGUCCCCUCCAGCCCCAACCCUUCAAAUAUCCCAAUGAACAACGAAUCCGAGACGGGCGUCUCGAGCUCGGGAAACUGGAUUUAUCCCAGUGAAUCUCAAUUUUUCAAUGCCGUGAUGCGCAAACAAACCUCUUCCAACCCCGCCGACCUCGUCAGCUCCAUCAGCCACAUAAUUCCAAUCCACAAUGCCGUCAACGAACGCGCUUGGUCCCUGAUCAAGGCCUGGGAAGGAAACUCUUCUGCUGCUUGUGGCGGACCGAAACUUCUGUCGUUCAAAGGCUUAGGCAGUGGUGCAAAGUCGCCGAAAGCCCGUGUCAAGAGUCUCAUGGGGUAUACGGAACCGUUUGACCGGCACGACUGGGUGGUUGAGCGGUGCGACGGCCAAACCGUCGAAUAUGUCAUAGACUUCUAUCAAGGGAAGUCGGAUCCUAAAACGAAAGACUCUUCGCUCAACUUUUAUCUCGAUGUACGGCCAAAGCUGAAUAGCUUCGAGGGUUGGAAAAUGCGUGCUGAACACUCCCUCGGUUGGAGGUGA